UCGCUCGGAGCGCCCAUUCAUCCCUGCACUUGGGCGUUGGACCCCACGUCUUAUUAGCAACAAGGGAAAUUUCUCCAUUUUGCAGCCUGUCUACAGCGACACGGCCACCAGCCUGGGAUUUUAUUACUUCAUCUCACCUGCCAGCUUUCUCCUGCUCUGCUGAAGAAUCCUCCACACUCUGACUGGAGUUUGCUUUACAUUUUCCCUGUGAACUUUUUCUUUGUGCGCGCGCGCACACAUACACACACACACACACACACAGUGGGAGAGCGAGAGGGGGCUACCAGUGAAGAGCUUUGCGUUUCAACAAAGAGGCUUGUGGGUCUUUGUUCGCUUUUUGGAUCGGUCGAGUUUCUUUGUUGGAGCGAAAAGCAUGGGAGCGCAAUUGUCCAAGACAGCUGGAAAUGCUGAAACCGCGGCUGAAAAGCCAGGAGAGGCGGCAGCUUCACCCACCAAGACCAACGGACAGGAAAACGGACAUGUUAAAGCCAAUGGAGAUGCCUCUCCUGCUGCAGCUGAAAACGAGAACGGCAAAGAGGAGGUGCAAGCCAAUGGUAGCGCAACAGCCGAGGACACCCCCAAGGAGGAGACAGAGAAAGCCGAGGCCGCCCCCACUGAGAAGGAGGCUGUAGAUGCAGAGAAGGUAGAGGCAGCAUCUCCUGCUGAAGGAGAGGCAGCUGCCAAGGCUGAGGAUGGUGCCGCAGCUUCUACCAGCACCGAGACCCCGAAGAAGAAGAAGAAGAAAUUCUCCUUCAAAAAAUCCUUCAAGCUAAGUGGCUUUUCCUUCAAGAAGUCCAAAAAGGAGACGGGCGAUGGGGCCGAGAACGAGGAAGCAGCUGCAGCGGCAGCACCUGCAGAGGAGCCCAAAGCCGAGGCCGCAGAGGCAACAGCGGCCGCUGCUGACGAGGAGACCAAGCCUGCUGAAGGCGAGGCUGCACCUGCCACUGAGCAACCCAAGGAGGAAGUAGUGGCCAAGCCGGAGGAGGAGGCAGCGGCGGUGGCUGCACCAGCAGCAGAAAAGCCUGCAGAGGAGGCCAAGGAGGCCCCAGCCACAGAAGAGCCAAAGGCAGAGGAGAAGUCGGCUGAACCUGUGGCCGAGGAGGCGCCCAAAACAGAGGAGGCUCCUUCAGCUUCACAAGAAGCAGAAUCAGCAGAAGCUCCAGCUGCUCCCACUGAGGCUGCUGAAUAAAAGCUGAAAGUGGAAGAAAGUUUCUUUUCUUUUCUUUUUCUUUUUUUUUAAAGAGGAAAAAAAAGAUAAUCAAAGAACAUUUCCCUGCUUGGAGAGAUGCCACAUCAUGGCUUUGAAGAACUUUUCUUUAACCAGGGAUAUUUUAAAGCUUUUUCUUUAUUUUUAGUUUCCAUUCUCCCCUUACGCAAAACCCAUCUCGGCCCUUUGUUACUAGCAUUCCAGCAGGCUGUGGAGAUGGGUUGGCCUCAAUAUGUACAACUGAUUAAAUACAUCCACACUCUGCCAUAUAUUUUUACAUCAGUAUUACGUUUUUUAUACAAAAUAUAAACAAAAAGUAUGGACAUGCCCAUGGUAUGAAGGGGACCAGGGUACAGUUGUAAAUGAAGAGGUGGGGGAGGGUUCAGGAAGGACAUCUGGGUGGGUGGGGCUGUCCUGGGAAAUGUGCUACAGGCAAUAAUCAAGAGCAGUCAAGACCGAAAUCUAUAUCCACCAUACGGUUUACAACACUAAAAUCGUUUUUACAAGACAACAAGUCCCAGAGUUAGGUUUUUAGGAAGUCAUAUAAAACCAUAGGAGCGUUUCACUUCUCAUUAGCUGUCAGUGAUUCCGUAGAAAUACAAGUUGUAUAGGCUUUAUUGUUUAUUGCUGGUUUUAUGACCUUAAUAAAAAUGUAAGUAUGUAUAGGCGGGGGUCUUUUUAACUGUGAUUAUUGUACAAAAUGAAAUUUUGAUCUCAAGAAGCACAUAAUGUUUGCUCUUUUUUCCACCCGCUCGUUUUUGUAUGAUACCAACACAAACACACACAUACAGACAAGCAAACACACAAAAGGUCCUUAAGGAAUUUUGAACUAAAAAACCAAGCUGUGAUAAGUGGAAUGGUAAACUGUUUAUAUACUGUAUGGGGGUUUUUUUUUUUGGUUUUUUUUUUUCAAUUCCAGCUGGCAGUUUUUUUUCCAGUGGUCUUUGACUCGAGUUAAGGAAUCUAUCAGAUGCAAAUGUUUGUGUAGCAUCUUGUUUCGCUCUCUUUUUCCUUUUGUAAAUACUGGAGAAGCUUUGACCAAUUUGACCUAGAGAUGGAAUGUAACUUUGCUUACAAACCAAUUGCUAUUAAACUCCUCUGCUUAAGGUGUUCUAAUUUUCUGUGAGCACACUAAAAGCAACAAUAAAUGUGAAUAAAAUUUCA